ACGCAAGCAAAAUGUUCAAGCUUGUCGUUUUACUAUUCGUUAAUUUUUUCGCAAUAAUAUGCGCUGCUGAAGGGAAAACCUCGGCCACUUCAUAUUAUCUGUCAGUCACUGAAGAAGAUGCCGGAAAAUCUCUACGAGAAAUUAAAUCUCAGGAUGCUCUACCAUUAAUUUUCGUCUUGAAGAAUGAUUCACGAGAGCUCCAGCCUCCAGAUGAAUUACACGAAGUUUUCAUAGAUCAGGGACGAAUAAUAAACCGAACACAAUUUACAAUCGACGAAUCAGCUAAGCAAAUUUUCUUAUGUUCGGAAAGAAAUGUUAAAGCAGGGCAAUGUUUAGUUUCUAAAACGUUCAACGGAUCAGAGCCAUUGCAAUGUGCAGAAGAAGCAAUACCAGUCGUACCAACAGAAAAUACAAUGAGAUCUUGCGGCCACGAAAGAGCUGGCAGCUCUCGUGAAAUAGUUUAUAAAAUCUGUCCGGAAGAAAAGCUGAAAGACAUACCAAUUUAUGAAAUUUGCUACAAUGAAAACGAAAGAAAAACUCUAUUUACAACCCAUUACAUAAUGUCGCCAAAGUUACUCGACUCGGAAGUACUAAUUUGGGAACGUAAAGUAAAAUACCCUAUGGAGAAAAUCGACGAAUUCGUUCCAUCAAAUUAUGAAGCAAUAAAAGCAGCAUUAGAAAAGAAAGAGUCCAGCUCGUCAGAACAUCUUUACCAACCACAGCAGCUGGUGCCAUCCGAAGACAUGGCAUUUGGAUUGCUGAGAAAAACAACUCAACAAUAUUUCAACUUCGAAUGGCAACAUAUGGGAUUAAUUUCACUCUGGAAUGAAAUCAAUCACUACGUUAGGCUUAAUGCGGCAAAACUUGCCGCUAAAAAUACUAGGAGUUACGCGGACACAGGUGUAUUCGAUUUGAGUUCUUCGCCGAAGAGAGGUGACGGUCAAAAGUCAAACAUGUGGGUCAAAAUUGUAUACACAAUGCCAAAUGUAUCCAGUCCAGAUAAUUCUACGCAAGGUAUAGCAAUCAUGAUGGAUAAUUUCAUCGAUAAAACCAUCGAACCUGAAUUCCUGGAGGGUUACUGUCCGGAAAACUUUUGCAUCGAUUCUUUGAGGAAAAAAUUUCGCAGUGCAGGAGGUCACAUAUUUUGUUGCGCCGUGGUACCAGAAAUGAAACCAUUAUUUGGUGAUAGAGUUUUCAACUAUGAUAUGGGCAUGAUGUCCAUUCCGGGUAUAAAUGAAUUUUUUCAAACACCCGAGGAUGAGAAUUACUCGGAUGAAAGUGUUCUAGUAAAAUAAAACUACACAUACCUAAUAUGGUAAAAUUAAUUUUGUAAAAUAAACCUAAAACUGGGUAAUUUCAAUGUACCUAAUGUAACCCACUCUAAACAUUUUCAGUUUUAAUUCAACUUCCGAUAAUAUUUUUAAUGGAUUUGUCACAGUAGAAUUAGAUAUCAUUCUAAUAAAUUUAUGAGUUAGAACUCGUAUCGUUAUAGUUAAGCAUAAUAAUUUCAAUAAUAAAGAUUUUAA